AUGAGCGGCAAGGCUGACAAGAUCGAGAAGAUCAUCUCGCGGCUCCGCGAGCGCAUUGCCGACGGGCAGUUCUACGAGGCCCAGCAGCAGACGCGCGUCGUCGCCGCCCGCUACACCAAAGCGUCCAACUGGGACGCCGCCAUCGACAUCCUCUACAAUGUCGCACAGGCGCUGCUCAAGGCCGGCCAGGGCGGCAGCGGUGGCGACCUAUGCAUCCUCCUCGUCGAUGUGUACAAGCAGGCCGAGCUGAAGCCGGACUCGACGUCAAGGGGUCGGCUGCUGACGUGCCUGCGGUUGUUUCAGAGCGAGGAGCCGACGAGGAAGAAGUACAUUGGAGAAGCCAUCGGUUGGUCUUCGAAGUUUGGCGAAUAUCCCGCUGGCGAUCCCGAGAUUCAUCACGUUGCUGGUUCACUAUAUGCGGAAGAGCACGAGACAUACGAGGCGGAACGGCAUCUAUUACUAGGUACUAGGGAUUCCCCCGAGGUCCUCAUCCGCAUGGAGUACCAGUGGUACAAGGAGGACGAAGCCCACACUGCUCCUCUCUAUGCUAGCAGAGCUGUUCUGCCGUACCUCUUGGUGGCAAACGUCAGGGCCGCCAACGCCUGCUUUCAGUACUUCACCAGCGCACUCAAGGAGGACAACAAGGGCCUCGCCGUGCAGGAGAUGGAAAGCAGCAGUGCCAACGUCCCAAUCUUCCCCAGCCUGCCGCUGCUGAACUUCCUCGGCCUCUUGCUGCUAGCUGUGCAGCGAGGUAGCCCUGACCUCUUCCGGCAGCUGCACACCAAGUACGCGUCGCACAUUGCAGAGACAGAAUGGGCCGAGCCGUUGGAGAUGAUUGCUGAGAUGUACUUUGGCAUUCAACGCCCCAGGCAGAGCAACCCCCUGAUGGACAUGAUGGGCAGUUUGUUUGGUGGAGGAGCUGGAGGAGCGGGUGGCGCUGGAGCGAGAAAGCCGCCUGUCAGGCGGGUUGAGGCACCCGCAGCUGAGGGUUUGGACUGA